AUGAAUAUCCGGUUAUGGCCGUCCCCUCUAUCUAUCUCAAAUCUAUCUAUCUAUCUAUCUAUCUAUCUAUCUAUCUAUCUAUCUCAGCCUCUUCAUAUCUAUCUAUCUAUCUAUCUAUCUAUCUCUAUCUAUCUCAGUCUAUCUAUCUAUCUAUCUAUCUCUAUCUAUCUAUCUAUCUAUCUAUCUAUCUAUCUAUCUAUCUAUCUAUCUAUCUAUCUAUCUAGCCUCUUCAUUCUCUUCAUCUAUCUAUCUAUCUAUCUAUCUAUCUAUCUCAUAGAUUCAGUAUCUAUCCUAUCUAUCUAUCUAUCUAUCUAUCUAUCUCAGCCUCUUCAUAUCUAUCUAUCUAUCUAUCUAUCUAUCUAUCUAUCUAUCUAUCUAUCUCAGUCUAUUUCUUCUAUCUAUCUAUCUAUCUAUCUAUCUAUCUAUCUAUCUCAGUCUGCUCAUAUCUAUCUAUCUAUCUAUCUAUCUAUCUAUCUAUCUAUCUAUCUAUCUCAGUCUAUUUCUUCUAUCUAUCUAUCUAUCUAUCUAUCUAUCUAUCUAUCUCAGUCUGUUUCUAUCUAUCUAUCUAUCUAUCUACUUCAGUCUCUUUCUUCUUUCUUUCUAUCUAUCUAUCUAUCUAUCUAUCUAUCUAUCUAUCUCAGUCUGCUCAUAUCUGUCUAUAUAUCACAGUUUGUUCAUAUCUAUCUAUUUUCUUUUCUGGUGUUCUUUCUUUCUUCCUUUCUUUCUAUCCAUCUUUCUAUCUAUCUAUCUAUCUAUCUAUCUAUCUAUCUAUCUAUCUAUCUAUCUCUCUACACACACACACACACACACAUAUAUAUAUAUAUAUAUAUCUAUAUAUAUAUACUAGUAUCUAUCAUAAUUGUCCAUCUAUCUUCAAAUAUCUUUAUCAAGGAGAAGCUUCAUAUCUAUCUGUCUUCCAGCAACCAUUUUAUCUAUCUAUCUAUCCUUGAAUGCUAUCUAUCUAUCUAUCUAACGACAGUGUUUUUUUUUUUGUUUUCUUUUUCUUUCCUUAAAUUAUUCAUUUCCUUCUUUGUUUUUUAUUUACUUUUUUCUUUCUUCCUUUCCUAUUUCUUUCUUUCUUUUUCUCUAUUUUCUUUCUUUCUUUCUGUCUUUUCCUGUUUAUUUCCUUCCUUCUUUCUUUCUUUAUUCUUUCUUUAUUUAACUGUAUCUCUCUUUCUUCUUUCCUUUCUUAUUAAUCGCCUUCUUUUUUCUUUCUUUCUUUCUUCUCUGUUCAUUUCCUUCUUUCUUUCUUUCUUUCCCAAUUUCUUUCUUUCUUUUUCAUUCUUUCUUUCACUGUUUCUUUCUCUAUGUAUUUCUUUUUCUUUUUCUUUCUUUCUUUCUUUCUUUUUCAUUCUUUCUUUCACUGUUUCUUUCUUUCUCCUUUCUCUAUUUAUAUCCUUUUUCUUUUGA